AUGGCACCUACCCAACCCACCCCUCCCCUCCCCCUCCCAGGUGGUGUUCAUAGUGGUUGGGAGUGGCAGAAAGGCGCUGCUGAGCCACAGUCGACCAAGAACCCCUCCACACACAUGCUCACCUCCCACAUCCCUACCCGCCCCUUCCUUCCAGGUGGUGUUCAUAGUGGACGCGAGUGGCAGCACGGCGCUGAACCGCAUGGGGGCGGCCAAGAAAAAUCCCCCACACACACACACUCACCUCCCAAACCUUCCCUUCUCCCCUCUCCCCGUCUCCCCCCACCUCCCCUCCCCCAGGUGGUGUUCAUAGUGGAUGCGAGUGGCAGCAUGGCGUUGAACCGCAUGGGGGCGGCCAAGGGAGCAGCGCUGCAGCUGCUGGCGGAGAGCUACAGCAAGAGGGACAGCAUCGCUGUCGUGCCGUUUCAUGACCAGCACGCCGACCUGCUCGUGCCGCCCUCCCGCGCCGUCGCCCUUGCCCACAAGCGCCUGGAGAGUUUGCCGUGUGGGGGCGGCUCACCGCUGGCGCACGCGCUGGUGGUGGCGGUGCGGGCGGCGGAGGUGGCUCGGAGGCGCGGCGACGUGGGGCAGGUGGUGGCGGUGCUCAUCACCGACGGCCGCGCCAACGUGCCGCUCUCUGCGUCGCUCGAGGCCCUGGAGGGGGGCGGUGGUGGCGGAGAGGGUGCGACGGGCGCAGGCGGGGAGGAGAAGCUUCCUCCUCGGCUUGAAGACAUCAAGGAGGAGGUGUUGAGCAUAGCGGCCAAGAUGGGGGCAGCAGGCAUACAGCUGCUGGUAAUCGACACCGAGAACAAGUUUGUUUCCUCUGGCUUCGCAAAGGAGAUUGCGAAACACUCUCAAGGUGAGUACUCUUAA